AUGUCAAAGUGUCUCCUGUCCCAACCUCCACUGUCCCGACCUCCACUGUCCCGACCUCCACUGCCACCAAAUGUCAAAGUGUCUCCUGUCCCGACCUCCACUGUCCCGACCUCCACUGUCCCGACCUCCACUGCCACCAAGUCACCUGCACCUGUGUCCCCUGAUGUGACUUCAACUCCUGCAAAAUCAGAUGUCAAAGUGUCUCCUGUCCCGACCUCCAUUGUCCCGACCUCCACUGUCCCGACCUCCACUGCCACCAAGUCACCUGUCCCAGUGCCUGCUGUAAAAGAAUCUGGACUGAACACAAAACCUGAAGCCAAAAUGGAACCAGAGCCACAGACUAAAUUGUCUCCAAAACCAAGCUCCACUGCUGACACACUCACCGCUCUGUCCGACACUCUGAUUUCUUUCGACACCAGUUCAUCCAGUAGCUUUAAGAAUGAUGAGACAGCCCUGGCAAACCAAAAAGGACACUCAGCGGACAAUCACCCCACAGAGAACAGUGCUGAACAGAAGCCAGCUUCAGAGCUCAACAACUGUGAACCAAUAACAGACGAUCUCCUGGGUUUCAGUGAUGGUCCAGAGGAGCCAGCAGAGCCUGUUCCCCCCAGCCCAGGACGCUGGAGUCAGGAUCUGCUUAGUGGAAUGGACAGUGAACCAAACCCAGUGAAGACCAGCGGCACUCUGGAUCUCCUGGCAGAUGAUGUCAUUGUAAGAGGCACAGAGGCACGCAGCCUCAGCAUGCAGCGAGAGGAGGAGAAGCAGACCGACAAGACAGCCAAAGAAACACAAAGUGAAGAGGACAAUGCGGAUCCCUGGAGCUCGCAUGUGACAACGGUGACAACCGUAGUCACUGAGUCAAGCUCGGCUGAUCCAUUUGAUCCAUAUCCGAUAGGGACCACAUCCCCUAACAGCUCCUCUGACCUGCGCCAGCCCCUCUCUGAUAGUUCCAUCAACAGCAUCAGCACUCAGCGGUCAUGGAAAACCAGCACAGCCCAGGAGUCGAACACAGAGGAGAGCCAAGAAGCGCAACCAGAAGCAGAAGGCCAAGCUGAAGAUCAACAGACGGUCAUCAUGUUUGAGAGGAAGUCCCUUGAGAAUGACUCUCCGUGGGACCGAUGGACAUCACCGACUGUCUAUACCAUCACCACAGAAGAGGAGGAGGAGGAUGAAGAAGAAGAAGAAGAAGAAGAAGAAGAGGAGGAGGAGCAGGGAAGGUAUCUUCGCACUGAGGAUACACAGACGGUCACAACCAUCACUACUAUCAGGGAGAUACGCAGCGAGCCUGAGCCCUCUAUGGAUCGUUUCGAUACCUAUUCCAGGACCAUAAGACAAGAGGAGCAGAGAGUCAAAACCCCAGAACCUGAAACCAAAAAGCCGUUUGUGUUUGUGAAGGAGUAUGUCAAUGCAACUGAGACGUCUUUGCAGAACCCCAGAGACACGCUCGAUAGGUCAGAUUACCUGACUUCAAGCUCCACCAGCUAUUCUUACAGCAGCCCAUCUCUUUACUCCAGCUACUCCAGGAUCCCACUGUCAACUACCUGUACAUACUGCGGAGAGCAGGUGGGAAAUGAUGCCAAGAUUACCAUUGAGCACCUCAACAUCAACUGCCAUCCUUCCUGCUUUAAGUGUGAUGUGUGUAAGAAACCCAUGGGAGACCUUCUCCACAGUAUGUUCCUACACGGCGGGAAAGUCCACUGCGAGACCUGCUACGCUGCCAUCUGAUCAUCGAAAGCCUCGCAGACCUCCUCGCUCUUUCUGCAUGUUAAUUCGCACACAAAGCGAGAACUGCUCUUUUUUCAAAGUUUGCACUGCAUUUGUUUGAACUCACGAUUAAUGUAGCUUAAAGUGACCGGCGAGUAUGAUUUCUUAAACUUGAUGAUGACAUAUUUUAAAACCUUGCGUUGUGUUUUGAUGGUGGUGAAAGCUUUAUCUGCUUCGGUUUACUAUGAAGGAUACGUCUGUCCAACGUCACACACUGAUGUGAACAGACUAAUACUGGUGAGAGGGAUACAAGAAUUUAGCAACAAGAGGGAAAAACCCCCAAACUUGGUUACAAAAUAUUUACUUAUUUUUUGCUCUUCUUGAUACAAAAUAGUGUUUGCAUGUAUGAUGCUUUGUUAGCAAAAUAAAACGAUUUCUAUAA